UUAAAAGGCCUUUUUUCAGAACAAAAGGGAUGUUUCAGAUUCACUCAGACUGGGGUCUGGGCUGCAGCCCGUUUCAGAACCCUAGGUUAUCCAUUCCAGUAGUUUCCUGUAAAAGGCAAAACAAAAACCCCCAUUCCCAUUCUCCCUCGAAACCCCUCCGCCGCCACCACACCCACACCAGCACAACUCCACCCAGCCGGCGACCAUGGCGGAGGCCGCGGCAGCAGCAGAAACCAUGGCGGAGGCCGUGGCAGCAGCAGAAACCAUGGCGGAGGCCGUGACAGCAGCAGCGACGACCCUCCUCCCCGGCCUCCCAGACGAGAUCGUGGUAUGGGAGAUCCUCGUCUGCCUCGACCCCAAAUCCAUCCUCCGCAGCCGCGCCGUCCGCCGCGACUGGCGCUGCGCCAUCACUAACCGCCGAUUCCUCCUCUCCCACCAUGCCCGCCAGCCCGCCCUUCCCAUCCUCUUCAGCGACGGUUACCGUAACAUCCUCACCUUCGAUCACAGGGCAGACGCCGCCUCCCAGCUCCACACCGUCGCUCGGCUUGCUCUCUCCCAGCCCUUCAAGCUCGAGGCCUCCUGCGAUGGCCUCCUCAUUCUCUCCAAGCCUCCUGAGAUGGCUGGCUCUCGCGCCCUCCUCACCGUCUGCAACCCGGUCACUCGUCAGCAUGCCUCCCUCAGGCGGACACUCAAGGACUUCAACAUCUUGGGGAUGUACCCACACUGCCCUACCGGCAAGUACCGGUUGUUACUGCAAGGGAGGAGCUUCAUGGACUCGUCUACUGACCGAACUGGUUGGUAUGUCUUGGAGCUGGGCUCCGAUGAGGCACCUAGGUACAUUGGGUGCUCCAAGACCAAAUUGCAGUUGGCGAUCUUCCAUGCGCCUGUCCGGGUCCGUGAUAGCUUGCAUUGGCACCCAGUGUGUUAUGCCCCGGUGUAUGGGGAGACUGAAUUUUUUCAGCUUGAAAGAAAACUAGUAAUUGUAUUUGACACGAUAGCUGAGUCGUUUCGGCAGAUACGUGCUACCCUUGCUCCCACCAACUACUCAUGUAUCUUUGAGAUGGAUGACAUGCUUGGUAUCUAUAGCUGUAACAAGGCAAAGAACAUUGUCGAUAUAUGGGUGCUGCAGAACUAUGAAAGUGAGAUUUGGGACUUAAAGUACCGGGUUCAAUUGCCAACCGCAGAAAUCUGGGGGAAGUUUGAAGGCAUUGAUGGUGAUAGCUAUUGGUAUGUGACAGUUGUUUCGGGUGAUGGGGUCGUGCUCUUGCUGGUCAGUUUUGGUAAUAGACUGUUUUUUGUUGACACUGGUGGCGAACUGGUUGCUAGCUUCCGAGACUUACAUGUUGGUGAACAUCGGCUCAAACAAACUCUUGUCCCGCAUGAUUUCUUCAUGACACUGGAAGGCUAUGCCGUGGAUGCUUCACCUUUCAUCUGACAGAUGUUUGGCGAGGUUCUUAAUAUCCUGAUGAGUUACAAUGUCUAGUAAUUGGAUCAAGUAUGAACCUGCUGAGCUCUUCCUUUUGUGUUGUUGUAUACAAAGUUAUGAUCUGAAGUGACUUUUGUUAUGUGGUUGCAUGAAAUCUAUGCUUGUUUCGAUAUCCUUUCGGGAUAAAGUGACAACUGUUUAUGUUGAUGUUAAAAUUACCAUGACAUUUGGAUCUGCUUUUGAAGUAUCUUCCAACUGUUCUGCCGCAUGUCUCUAUUUUCUAGUGGUCUUCUCAGUACUCAUUUUUUUGCUAUCUAUAUAUAUUCCUCAUAUAUAUCCCUAU